AUGUCAGGAGCCGGAAGAGGCAGAGGACGACCUGCUAGAGGCAGAGGUCAGGGAGGUGUUGGUCGUGGUGGUGUUAACCAUGACGAUGUUCAGUUGGAGGAUGCACCUCAUGUGCCGAAUCCUAUGAUUGGAUUUAUCAGAGAUAUCCGCAAAUUGGGGGCUGUUGAAUUUGCUAGAGCUACCGAUCCACUUGAUGCUGAGAAGUGGAUUGAAGAUAUGGAAAAGUAUUUUGAGAUGAUGGACUGCACUGAGGUGCAGAAAAGGAAGAUUGGUGCAUUUCUUUUAUCUGGUGAGGCGCGCCAGUGGUGGCAGUCAGAGACCAGGAUGGUUGUGGACAUUACAACUAUGACCUGGGAUGAUUUUAAAACUCGGUUCAAUGACAAAUACUUUCCACAAUCAGUGAAGGAGAAGAAGGUAGCAGAGUUCACGCAGCUGGAACAGAAUAAUGAGAUGUCAGUUAGUGAGUACGAGAGGAAGUUUACAGAGCUAUCCCGAUUCGCUCCUCACAUUGUUGCGAAUGAGUUACACAAGGUUAGAAAGUUUGAGAGAGGAUUAGUCUCUUAUGUGAAGAAGUUUGUGGUGGGUCAUCGUUUUGACACAUAUGCUAGAGUGGUGGAAUGUGCUAUGGCAGUAGAGGAGAAUAAUAACAUUGCCUUUCAGAAACAGAAGGAGCGUAGGGCAGAACAGAAAGGUAAGGGGGCUAGCAGCACUCAACAGAAUCAGAGUAGCUCUCAACAGAAUCAGAGGGGUCAGCAGCAGCAGACACAGAGAAACUGGCAGGGUCAGUCUUGGCAGAGAGGUAAACAAGAUUGGCGAGCAGGGAAACGGCAGAGAGUUGGUGAAGGUGAGCAAUCCACAGCUUUAGUACCAGCCACACCUCAUGAUGCACAGCCAUAUCAGUUCAGCGGGCAUUGCUACAAUUGUCGUGAGCAAGGACAUUUGGCUCGUAAUUGUCCCAAGCCUCACAAGAAUAACCAGCAGAAAGGUCAGGCACCACAGCAACAAGGAGGUGCAAGGGUUUAUGCAGUUGUUCCAGAUGGGAGACAGGAUCGUGCACCACCAGCAGUGGAAGGUACACUUACUAUUUAUGGCAGUAUAGGUAGAGUACUGUUUGAUUCAGGUUCUUCAUAUUCUUUUAUUGCACUAUCAUUUGUGAAUACACUGGGAUUAGAACCUGGACAUAUAAGUAAUGCCUUAUCUAUUACAACUCCACUCGGGAGCGCGACGACACUUGAUAGAAUAUGUCGUGCUUGCCCUGUUACAAUUGGGGAGUUGGAGUAUCCUAUUGAUUUAAUAGUAUUACGUAUGAGAGAAUUUGAUGCUAUACUGGGUAUGGAUUGGUUGGCUAGAUAUCAUGCUCAGUUGAACUGCCAUGAGAGGAUUAUUGUAUUCUCAGUUCCGGGACAGUUUCCUUCUCGAUAUAAGUGUGGGGAGUUUGAGGGCACCAUGACUAUGGGAUUUCUGGCCCACAUCGAGGAGGGCAGUGGAUUUCUGCAUCGACCUCACUCCUGGUAUUUCACCUAUCUCUAG